AUGCCAUGUAACAGAAUCGUCUUGAAGUGGGAGGUCUGGCCCUCUUCUGUGGUACAGAGUGUUCAGCUUUCUCCUUACUUGAUGUGGGGGCAGCUACGGCAUCUUCUCUUGGCCUGUCGGCACGACGAGGGUUACUUAGCGACAGAAAGUUAUGAAAAUGAGGACGAGAAUGAAAACACGGAGGACAGAUUAAAGGAUCCCAUAUACAUUCAGCCCAUGGGAUCAGAGCGGAUGGAGAUGCGAAAGAGGCAGAUGUCGGUGCAGCAGGAGUCGGUGGCGGGCACCACAGCACCGGCGCAGAACGAGCAGCCGGGCCAGGGGAACCGUGCAUCCAACGCCUGCUGCUUCUGUUGGUGCUGUUGCUGCAGCUGCUCCUGUCUCACUGUUAGGAAUGAAGACAGAGAAGAGAGGAACCGGAGAGCCUCGUAUGAUUUUAAAACAGAGGAGAAUGCAGACUUCGAGGAAAGUCCGAAACCGACUGCGGAGGAGAUACACUUGUGGGGGCAAUCCUUUGACAAACUAAUGCAAUGCCCCACUGGAAGAAGUGCCUUCCGGCAGUUUCUACGCACCGAGUUCAGUGAGGAAAACAUGCUCUUCUGGUUGGCCUGCGAGGAAUUUACUAAGGAAACCAAUAAAAGCUUCAUCGAGGAGAAGGCGCGGAUAAUUUAUGAAGACUACAUUUCUAUUCUCUCACCCAAAGAGGUGAGCCUCGACUCUAGAGUUCGGGAGGUUAUAAACAGGAAUAUGCUGGAGCCAACAUCCCACACGUUUGACGACGCCCAGCUCCAGAUAUACACACUAAUGCAAAGAGACUCGUAUCCGCGAUUCAUGAACUCCCCAGUCUACAAAAACAUGGUUCAGUCAGUCUCUGAUCUGUCGGUGGAAUCUUAGAUCUCUGUGAUCCUGGUGAAAUGCCCCCUUCCUAUCUUUUGUUUGGUAGCUUACCUUGUGUAGAAUAUGUUUAAAAGGACCUCAGCGUGGGUCCUCCCAGGGAUUUUACUGAUAGCGAUCUGUACCUGAAAAAAGACGCUCAGGUCUCCAGGUCACUGGAUAAGAAAAAAAAAAAAAAAAGUCUCAAAUUUCCUGAGGGCUCAACACCACAAGUACUGCUACAGAUCAGCAUAGCAAACGAUGCUCCAAAGGAUUACCAGUGCGUUUCGAUGUUUUUAAGAAAACAGUCUAUUUGAUUUGUUUUAAAGUUUUUUUUUAUUCUUUCGAAUUCUUUU